UCCCCCCUGGAAGGAGAUAUGGGUUUUGUCCCAAGGUUUUAUCCAUGUCUGUGGCUUCUAUUUUUCCUGAAUUCUCAUGCUUCUUUACUAUCUUCAACAACACAUUUAUGCUCUGAUGAAGAAGCUGCUGCUUUGAUGCAAUUCAAGAACAGCUUUUCUAUCAACAGGACUGCUGCUCGGAUUUGUGAAUUUCACUCUGUUAAAUCGUAUCCGAAGACCAAUUCUUGGAAGGAAGGUACAGACUGUUGCUCAUGGGAUGGGAUCACUUGUGAUAAAAUCACAGGUCAUGUAACUGGCCUUGAUUUAAGUUGCAGCUGGCUUCGGGGCCCCUUCUUUUCCAACAGCAGUCUUUUCCUUCUUUCACAUCUGCAAAGGCUAAAUCUAGCAGCUAAUUUUUUCCAGAGAUCCAGGAUUCCAUCCGAAUUCGGUCGGUUUGCAAAUUUAAGCCAUCUUAAUCUCUCCCGUUCUUGGUUUUCUGGAAGUGUCCCAAACGAAAUCUCCCACUUGACAGAAUUGGUUUCACUUGAUCUUUCUAGUGAUGAUCCUUCAAUACCUUUCCCACUACGCACGCUGGAACUUGAUGAUCCAACUGUUGAAGGAAUUGUUCAUAAUCUGACAAAGGUUAGAGAGCUUAUUCUGUAUGGAAUAAACAUGUCAUCAGUUAAUCCUAGCUGCUUGAUGAAUCUGUCUUCUUCUUUGACAUCUCUUAAUCUGUUUGGUUGUAGUAUUCGAGGAAAUUUCCCUAAUAAUAUUUUCAGCCUGCCAAAUCUCAAGUCGCUCAAUUUGAAAAGAAAUCCUGACCUCGUUGGUUAUCUUCCAAAGUUCAACUGGAGUGGACCUCUUGAAAAUCUGAUUCUCCCAAUAACAUCAUUCUCUGGACAAUUACCGGAUUCGAUUGGUGAUCUAUUGUCAUUAAGGCAUUUAGAUCUUGCUUUCUGCAAAUUUUCGGGUUCAAUUCCGAGUUCUUUGGGCAAACUUUCACUUCUUACUUAUCUAGACCUUUCAUAUAACUCAUUCAGCGGUCAAAUUCCAUCCUCACUUGCAAGCCUAACACGACUUGAAGUUUUGGAUGCUUCAGAAAACCAAUUAGUAGGUUCCAUUCCUAGUCAGGUCACAGCUUUUCCGAGUUUAAUAGAUUUAGACUUAUCUGCAAACCUUCUUAAUGGAACAAUACCAUCUUGGGUGUAUAGUCUUCCAUCCUUGCAGUACCUAAAUCUCAGAUAUAACCAACUCAUGAGUCAUAUCAAUGAAUUCCAACAUAAUUCGUUGAGAGAAAUUUCCUUAGAGAACAAUAAGCUCCAAGGUCCAAUUCCAAGCUCAAUAUCUGAACUUGUAAACCUUACUCGCCUCGAUAUGUCAUCAAAUAACUUGAGUGGUCUUGUUCAGUUGGACAUGUUUCUGAAGCUCCAAAAUCUUCGUUUCCUUUCCCUUUCAGACAACAGUCUUUCCUUGAGCUCUAACAUCUGGGUCAAUUUUACCCUGCCAAAUCUCAAGGAGUUGUACUUUUCAUCUUGCAAUAUCAGUGAAUUCCCAAUAUUUUUACAAGGCUCAAACAAUUUGAGCCGAUUAGAUCUUUCCAACAAUAGAAUUCGUGGAGGAAUUCCCAAAUGGAUGCUAGCAACUCCCUUGGAAAACUUUUCAAUUUCUUGA